AACCCGCGUGACGGAGUGCUGUAAGUGGAAAGGUAGAAACCGGACUGCAGGACUUCCCCCGGCCUUGAUACCCCAGAUUUGAUUCCCGAACAUGGGGGUGUGUUUCUCUCCUACCACACCGGGGUAGGGCGAACGGAGACUCUUUCGGAUCCUACGCUAAUCUAGAAGAGAAAGGCCGGGAGCACGAAGGCAAGAGGAGCCUAUUCCUUCUCUUUCAUCAUUUUUCCUUCCUCCUUCUGCUCCUUUAUCCCUUACAAAAAAUUACGUGACUGCAUACUUGUGAUAUUAUAAAUGUGCCAUGGAGGAUGACAAUACUAACUCAAGAAGAAUGGAAGAAAAGCUGGAAGUCCCAAACUUUCCUCCGAAAGUUUGGCCUUCUGAGGUGAUGGUGUCAGUGACAGGAGAACCACCUAGUGCUAUAGAACAAGAAGAAAUAGCCCAAGAUACAGAUGUAGAAAUCAUCCAGGAAAAUAUAGAGUCACUCUCCCUUCUAGAUGUACUGAGGAUCUCCGCAGUUCUGGAGGAUGCCACAGACCAGCUCUCUAUUCUAAACUAUAUCAUGCCAGUUCAAUAUGAAAGAAGUCAAAGCACUAGCAUGAAGAAAAACAAAGAAGUGAAUUUAAAAGGGAAAAGCCAAGAUAAAUUUCAAGUGGUCUCAACAACCUUGAAAAAGCCUACUCCAUUCUUUUCUAUAGAAGUGCCCAAGUUGCCUGAAAUCAGACAAGGAGGCCAGUCUGCAGUGGAGUUUAACAAUUUGCAGGAUCUUAUCUUCAGAAAACCUGCAAGGCAGACCAUAUUGACUACUGAGACACUGAAGAAAAUUCAGAUUGAUAGGCAAUUUUUCAGUGAUGUGAUUAAAAAUACCAUGCAGGAGUUGGAAGAGUGUGGCACAUUCACCAAUCUUCUGCAUGCUUUGGGCAGAGAGAGGGAAAAUAAAAUUCAUUUCUAUGAUAUCAUUGCCAGAGAAGAGAAAGGAAGAAAACAGAUAAGAUCUCUUCAAAGACAGCUCGUUAAUGUAAAAAAGGAACGACAAGUUGAAGUACAGAGUCGAAAUGAAUAUAUUGCUCACCUCAAGGACCAGUUGCAAGAGAUGAAGGCAAAAACCAACAUGGAGAAUCACUAUAUGAAGAAAAACACUGAUUUGCAAAUCUCCCAGACACAAAAAAAAUGUAACAAAACAGAGGAACUCUUGCUGGAUGAGAUUGAGAAACUAAGGAUGAAAACUGAAGAAGAGAACCGGAUUCAUAUGGAGAUUGAAACUUUCCUUAAAAAGGAGCAGCAGAAACUUGAAGAGAAGUUAGAGUUCUGGAUGGAGAAAUUUGAUAAGGACACAGAAAUGAAACAGAAUGAACUAAAUGCUCUCAAAGCUGCAAAGGCCAGUGACUUGGCACACCUUCAAGACCUUGCAAAAUUGCUAAGGGAGUAUGAACAAGUCAUUAUUGAAGAUCGCAUAGAAAAGGAGAAGACCAGGAAGAAGAUAGAACAAGAUGAGCUGGAAUUAAAGAGCAUAGUAAAGCUCCAGGCCUGGUGGCGAGGCACUGUGAUAAGGAAUGAAAUUGGUGCUUUCAGGCUACCUAAAAAGGACAAAGAUGAUAGCAAGGAUUCAAAAGGAAAAGGCAAAGACAAGGAAAAGCGGAGAGGCAAGAAGCAAAAGUGAUCAAGUUCUGUUUUGUCCUUUGCUUUGGCUUUUGGAGAUGGGAAAGAGGACUCGAACAGAGUAUGAAACAUUUUUACCAUUGCAGAUAACUCAUCUACAGUUGUUUCUUAUUUGGACAUUCCCAGGUUAGGCCUAGUUAUUUAACUUUUCCUAUUAUAUUAGUUUUCAAGCCCUGAAUUAGGAUGAUAUCAUUCAUCUAGGGCUUCCUCAUAUUUGGAUCCAACUCUGUUGGGAAGAAGUGUUUCUAGGAGCCUUGUGAAGAUUUUUCUCAAUGAAAGAAGAGUUUAUGGGCUUAGUUACAGUGAUGUAUUAACAUUUCUGUAGUUCCUCUAAUGUCUCUGACUCUGUCUAACUUGUCUAUGGUGAAAAAUCUCUCCUGACAAGUGAAUGAAGUGCUCAGUAGAAAUGAUCAAAAAGAUGAUGUUUAUAAAGUAUCUAGCAUAAUACAUACACAGUAAGAAUUUUAAUAAAUGUUGGUUCCUGCUCCCUUUUAGAUUUAUCAUCAUUUUAGUGUUUUGGGGGAUGGUGGUGGUGAGGCAGAGUUAGAAUUAGGGCAGUGGCUGGCUGAUGAACAAAGGGCAAAUUCUAAGAAGUGGUCAGGCUUCAAGGAGAAAGAUAUAUCUGAGAAGAACAACAAUAAACAGUACCUGGGGCCAAAUGACCCAACUUGAGUGGGUCAUCUAGGCUCAAGCAUCAACAGAAGAGGAAAAAGGGGAGAGUAGUAAAAUAGUAAAUAAAAAUUACAAAAGAAAGGGCCUCUCACCUCUCACCUCUUUUCUUGUGAGAGUGCCCACAUGUCUUCUCACAUGCGUUCUUAAUAAACUUCUACCUGCUUACUCUA